GUUGAUGCAACCGAAGUUAUUAUUGUAAACUUUUUACAGGAACAGUCACAACUGUAUCGACAAUUUUUAUUUUUUCAACAAAAAAAAUAAAAAAUCUAUCAUUAUAUCGAACAUUUGUUCAAGCUUGCAUUUGGACUAAGCACACGCGUUUCUUGACAAGCAUUCUAAAAACAUAAAACCAUGUUGAGCGUCUAUGCAACCCAUGGAUCCAUGGUGGACGAGGAGACGUUGAAGCGCCACUUUCGGUUGCUAGUUAAGGACAAGGCAUCGUUGGCCAUCAAGGCGGCGGUCGUCGUGUAUGAGAACGGGAACGUCGCCGACCGCGUUGGGAAGAUCAGUGUGAAGAGUAAAGAUUUGAAGGAAUUUCGAAGAACAUUUGAUGUAUCGGAAGCGGAAACAGUUCGUUUCAAUGGUGUGACCUACUGCGUCAAAGACCUGUCAACCAAUCAGAUUGUCGCUUUCAACGGGGCAAAAUACCUUAUAGUGACUAGAACGGAAGUGACGUAUAUUGUUGUCGUUUGCAUUUCUCGACAACAAUGUGUUACUGUUGCAUCUUGGGUAGACAGAAUAGCAAGAAAACUGCGGGAAAGAAACAUUUAAUCAACGAUCUUAAUCCUGAUGUGACAGCUUGUGCGCAUUGAAUCUCAGUCUUUUGUGUGUUGUUUUUAUUUAUUUAUUUUGCUUAUAAUAUUUUAAAGGGCUCUCUCAUAUAUUGAUUCAAACCACGGACCUAUAAACUAUACUUAAAAAGAACAAAUACAUAACAAGAUAUUUAAAAUUCAAUUUAAUGAAUAGGUAACAGCAGUAAUUACGAAGAUUGCAGAGGUAAAAUGAAGCACAAAUUCUAGGUCCGAAACAAGAUGGCGGACAUCUCCAAUAAAAUCACAUGUAUAGGAUCUCGGAUGGAAUCGCGCGUGCGUUAGUUCAAUUUAAUCUAUGUAUAGACAUAGAAGGAAUUUCCACUCCAUAGUUUAUAGGUCCGUAGUUUAAAUAAUGUUUAUUUCAAUUUUGACAAUUUUCAAGAUAUUCAAACAUUGAGCAUAAUCUAAGAACUUACUGUGACAAUAAGAAAUGAAAAGUUGACAUGUUGUAUAUGCACAAAACAAGAUAAUCAUGACAGAAUAGGCGGUCAAGCAUUCAAUGUUUCGCUUCUGUAUGUCAUACAAUGUUGAUUGGCUAUUUAUAACUUUUGCAGGAACUGUCUUUCUGUCCUGGGAACAAUUAUUGCAAGGUUUUAGUUGUAAGUGAAGCUUGCGACACGCAUGAAAUUUCUAUCAUCAAAUAUUGACUUUCAUUUAAGUCGUUGACCGUCAGCUGCUUGAGUCACGCGUUUGUGAUAUAAAUACAAUAUUGAAAUAUUCAGCUGACAUUGUUUAUCAAUAUAUCAAACAUGUGAGAACGCUGCAUGUGCACGUUCUUAAUUUGUUACGAUAUUCCCAAUUAGUUCUUCUUUGGUAUUGAUAUAUUUUGGCCAUGCUCAGAAGUAUCCAGAAAGCAAAAUGUUAGGUAUAUAUUCUAUGUGAUUAAAUGUUAAUAUAAUGCAUUUGUGUUCCAAUGUAUGAGAGAGUUUCUUUAAAUUAAGGCUACAUGUGUUUAUGUUGGCAAAUUAGUUUUGUCGGAAUAAAAAUUGAAAUGAUA